AUGGUCCCUAAAUCCAUCCUCUCUCACGUGGCCUCAUUGCACUCUUCAUCUCGACCCGGUUACAGUAUCGCACGACGAUCCCUUCCUCUGGUCUCCGUACCCGUCCGGAAUAGCUCCUACUCACCCUUCGGCAAAGCCCCCCUAGACCCCCGCAAGAAAGUAACCAUCCAAACGCUUCAAAACCUCUACAAGAAAGGUGAGCCAAUUGCCGUCCUGACAGCACACGACUUCCCCAGCGCCCACGUAGCCGACACCGCAGGCAUGGACGUGGUCAUCGUCGGCGACAGCCUGGCAAUGGUUGCGCUGGGAAUGGAAGACACAAACGAAGUGACAAUGGAAGAGAUGCUUGUACACUGUCGGAGCGUAUCCCGGGCCGUGAGAAAUGCCUUCACGAUUGCAGACCUCCCAAUGGGCUCCUACGAACUCUCCCCCGAACAGGCCCUCCAAUCCGCCCUCCGCAUUGUCAAAGAAGGCGGCAUGAAGGCCGUAAAGCUAGAAGGCGGAGCCGAAAUGGCUCCUACCAUCCGCCGAAUCACCCAGGCUGGGAUCCCCGUCUUGUCGCAUAUCGGGCUUACACCGCAACGGCAGCAUUCGAUUGGUGGGUUCAGGGUCCAGGCGAAGUCUGCGUCGGGCGCAGUUAAACUUCUGCGAGAUGCGCGUGCCGUGCAGGAGGCUGGGGCGUUUAUGGUUCUCAUUGAGGCGGUGCCGGCGGAGGUUGCUGCUCUUGUUACGGAGAGGUUGCGCGUGCCGACGAUUGGGAUUGGGUCCGGGAGUGGGUGUUCGGGGCAGGUCUUGGUGCAGGUUGAUAUGGUGGGGAAUUUUCCGGUUGGGAGGUUUAUGCCAAAGUUUGUGAAGACUUAUGCGGAUGUUUGGGGGGAGGCGUUGAGGGGGAUUGAGGCGUAUAGGCGGGAUGUGAAGAGUAAGGGGUUUCCUUCAAUUGAGUAUACGUAUCCUAUUUCUAAGCGGGAGUUGGAUGAGUUUCGGGAGGUUGUGGAUGAUUUGGCUAAGGAGGAUGGUAGACGGACUGAGUAG